AUGAAGCACAGGAUGAAUUACGAUCUCGGAGAAGUGGAGAAAACCAAACGAAAACAAAACGAGGCCCAAAAACCCGAAACCAACAGAAAUGGCGGGUUAAGUAAUUUGAGAGAUUCAUUGUCAAAGAAUGGAGUUGAAGAAGAAGAAACUCUAGACCAUAUCAGUCAAUUGCCUGACGCACUACUUGUACAAAUUCUCUCUCUUUUGCCUACAAAUGAUGCCGUUGCAUCAUGUGUUGUCUCAAAGAGGUGGCGUUAUCUCUGGACUUCAAUUCAUAAUUUCCUUUUCAUUAAGAGUCAUUCCGAGUCACAAAACUUCGUAUCCUUUGUGGACCAUGUUUUAACUCAUUCCACUUGUUCCAAAAUCAAAAAAUUCCAUCUCGAUUUAGAUUACACCUCUUAUUGGAACUGUGAGUUGGAAAUUACCCGGUGGAUUAGUUUUGCUGUGGAAAGAAAAGCGGAAGAUGUUUUUUUGUGUUCACGUGGUUGUGAUCUCACUUACAUUUUGCCUCUAACUAUGUACGCUGAUUCGUCGUUAAUUAGAUUGGAUUUGAGCCAUUGGGUGUUUGAUAAAGGACAGGUCAUAGCUUGGAACUCUUUAAAGAGCCUAAAGCUGGAUUGGAUAGAGUUAGAUGAUGAUGAUAUUGUGAACUUACUGUCAGGUUGUCCUGCUUUGGAAACUUUGAAAUUGUCAGUAUUCCAUGGUUUUCAUCUUCUUGAAAUUACCUCUUUAAAUUUGAAGAGACUAACGUUGGCUGGCUAUUUGAAGCCUUGUGAUGGAAAUGAGGAGCUUUUGGAAAUUAUUGCCCCACAUAUUCAGCAUUUGGAUAUUUCAGGAGAUCUUGGACAUCUCAAGUGUAGGCUAGUAAAUGUAUCCUCUUUGGUUACUGCCAGCCUUCCUUUUGAGAUUACAUGUAUCACUGAAUCUCGGGAUGAAGAUGAAGAUGCUGAUGAGGAAGACAUGUGUCGUGAUUAUCAUCAAGUUUUCGAGAACCUUGUUCUGGACUAUCUUCAAAAGUUGAGUCAUGUGACUCAGCUAACAAUUGGAAGUUGGUUCGCAAAGGUUGUAUUCAUGUUGGAAGAAAAUGAACAUGAAGAAGUGCCACUUCCAGAAUUGAGAUGCAAAUGUCUAACGUUAGAGAUGCAUGUGACAGAGUAUAAUUUGUAUGGAGUAGCUAGCCUAUUGCGGGCAUCUCCUCUUUUGGAGACACUGAACAUACACUUGGGAGUUAAGUUGACUGAUUUCCACUGCGAACUUGAGCUAAGCUAUUUCGAUGAAGUAGAUAAUAUCAGUUUGCGGAGUUGGAUUUCUGACAUUGUGUUUCCCAAUCUCAAGAAUGUUAAGAUUGUCGGCUGCACAGAGAAAUGUCUGAAGGAGUUCUGGUGUGAAGGGGGUGAUAAGCUUUUCAAACUUUCGAAGUUUCUUAUAAAGAAUGCAGUGGCUUUAAAGAAGUUUGUUAUCAUAGGAAAGAGAAGAAAAUGCUGGAAAUGUAAAGAGAGCUGUUUCUCCCGGUAUUUAUCGGGAAUUGCAAAGAAACUGUUAGACAUUCCAAGAUCAUCUAAGAAUGUUGUUAUUACUUAUGAAGAGUAUGCUUUGCACGACUAGACUGGACGUGGUUUGGUAGCGGAGUACUAGAAAUGUCACCUUAUAUUGUAGGUUUUGAUUUACUGCAGAUGUCAUCUUGAACUUGUAAUGUUUUGGAUGCUUGGUUUCUCAUGAAGCCUUUGUUUGUUGCACUCUAGACAUCGCAUAUGUGCUUAGAAUUUUCUUGCAA